UACGCCUUCUGCUGCGAGUAUACACAAGUCUCACCGCGAGCACAAGCGACUAGGCUCGGAGCCACUGGAGAUGAUGGAGCAGACACCAUACGCCGAGCAUGGGGCACCAAUAGACCGCAGGUAGGUCAUCCGUAUGGGACUCUAGAAGUCGCGAUGCUCACACAAGCUUGCUCGCUAGUCGAACAGCCCAGCUGAAACGACCUGCCAAUGCUGGUCUUCGCUGGCCACGCAUUCGGCGACUAUUUCGCGAACCCUUCAGUGAGUUCCUAGGAACCUUCAUAUUGGUUUUGUUUGGCGACGGUGCAAUGGCGCAGGUAAUCCUAAGCAACGACCAUAAGGGUAGCUACCAAUCGCUUGCAUGGGGAUGGUAAGGCGACGUAUGACCCGCACGCCGCACCCUUGAAUUGACACUUCGAAGGGGUAUCGGCAUUAUGCUCGGCGUCUAUACGUCUGGAAUUAGCGGCGGACACAUCAAUCCAGCAGUCACCUUUGCCAAUUGCGUCUUGCGCAAAUUUUCUUGGAAGAAGUUCCCGAUCUAUGUGCUGGCUCAGAUUUCAGGCGCGUUCUGCGCAGCUGGAGUGGUUUACGGCAAUUACAAGUCAGCUAUCCAUGUGUUCGAGGGAGGACCCGAUGUCAGAACAGUGCCAGGCUAUGCGGAAAAUGCGACGGCGGCAAUCUUCGCCACCUAUCCUGCAUCUUUCAUGACAACAACGGGCAGGUUCUUCAGCGAGUUCCUCGCUAGUGCGCUGCUCAUGUUCAGCAUCUACGCUGUCAAGGACGACGGAAAUCUCGGUGCUGGCUCGUUGACACCACUCGCCCUGUUCUUCAUACUGUUCGGAAUAGCUUCUUGUUUCGGAUGGGAGACUGGAUUCGCCAUCAACCCUGCUCGAGACUUCGGCCCCCGUUUGAUGACUCAACUCCUCGGAUACGGCCAUCACGUAUGGACAGCUGGGAUGCACUACUUCUGGGUAAGUCUGCUGGUUGCGAUGAACAGAUGCAUUGCUAAUUCAACGCGAGGUGCCUAUUGUGGCGCCAAUCCUCGGAUGCACGUUCGGAGGCUUUCUGUACGACUUGCUCUUGUUCACCGGAGAGAGUCCAAUCAACACGCCUCUGAUGGGUUUCUAUCGCUUCAUCCCAGGUAUGCGCCAUGCCUACGACGGUAUGAGCUGGGAACCGGAGAAAUUAAGGUUGGACAGUACUGCGUGAGGAAUGGCUAUGGCUGUCCCAAGUUGGGUUAAGAGCGAUACUUUGCUCGCAGAUUGUGUGCUCAUGCUCUUAAAUGUCAGAAAUGAUCGAUUGGCAGUAUCGUUGUUGUUGUAUCUCGAUCCUCGCAGGCCUGAUAUACAUCGAUCAGCCUUCAUGACACUGCCUUCGGAGAUGUCGGAAACCAAAGUUAAAACGCUGCAGCACGAUCUGCCC